UAGCAUCAGCAUCAACAUCAGCACCCAGAACAACCAACAACAACAACCACAAGUAGAAAAACUAAAUGCUAAAUUGAACGCAAACUAAUCUGCGAAUUAGCCACGAUCCAGUCAGCGAUUGGGCUAAAACGAGGAGUGAGUUACCGUCGCGACUUGUUGAGUGCGCGAGAGUUAUUGUAAUUUGUUUGCGCCACGUUUAACGUUAAAGACUUCAAGACGGUUGCCUCACGGUUCGAGUGGAAUGAGCAUAGGGACUCUAGUGGUCUUGGUCCUUUCGAUAGAUCGGUUUACAAAGUCGUUAAACUGAGCCCCAAUUUGGAGCCCUACCCCGCCAGCGUGGAGGGCCUGAACAGCCCCAGAGCGGUGGGGAUGGCCGCAACAUCGUACAUGUCGCCACCAAGUGCCGAACUGGACAUGGCUCUGGGCGGCGGAGGCGGCGGUGGUGGCUAUCACACCUCCUCGCCGCGAUCGGCCACAGAUGCCGGCGAGAUGAAAUAUAUGCAACAGCAUCAUCAUCUGCAGCAUCAUCAUGCUGCAGCCGCUGCAGCAGCGGCCGCCCAUCAACAACAGUUGCCGUCGUCACCGUCGCCGAACGGAAAUGGCAGCGGCGGCGGUGGCCUAGGAUCGUGGAGUGCCCUGGCCCAUGCUGAUCCCUGGUCUCUGCCCUCGCAUCAUACACAUCAUCAUCCCGCCGCCUCGGCUGCCGCAUCUUUGGCCGCUGCCGCUGCCGUCGAUACGGUAAAGCAGGAGCAAAUGUCCCAUUUGACGCAGCAGACACGCAUUCAGCAGGGCAUGGCAUCGCCCUCGCCACAUGCCGUGGCAGCGGCCUGGCAUGCUCCCCAUGCGGGUCAUUAUGCCGCCGCCACUGGAGGAUCUCCGCUGCAGCAGUAUCAUCAUGUGGCAAUGAAUGGCAUGUUACACCAUCCGGCUGCGGCUCAUGCGGCCCACCAGAGUGUCGGUGCGCCAUUGCAUCAUGCCCUGCGCGGCGGUGAAUCGCCCCAAUUGCAUAUACACUCGCAUCAUGUGAUGGGCGGCGACAGGGGCGAUGCCAUUAGCGGCGGCGAGGAGGACACACCCACUUCCGACGAUCUGGAGGCAUUUGCCAAGCAGUUUAAACAGCGACGCAUCAAGCUCGGUUUCACCCAGGCCGAUGUGGGCCUUGCCCUGGGCACCCUGUACGGCAAUGUCUUCUCCCAGACGACAAUUUGCCGCUUCGAGGCUUUGCAACUGAGUUUCAAGAACAUGUGCAAACUGAAGCCGUUGCUACAGAAAUGGCUGGAGGAGGCCGAUUCCACAACGGGCUCACCCACAUCGAUAGACAAGAUUGCCGCCCAGGGUAGAAAGCGCAAGAAACGCACCAGCAUCGAGGUGAGCGUUAAGGGUGCUCUGGAGCAGCAUUUCCAUAAACAGCCGAAACCCUCCGCUCAGGAGAUAUCCUCCCUGGCCGAUUCAUUGCAGUUGGAGAAGGAAGUGGUGCGCGUUUGGUUCUGCAAUCGGCGGCAAAAAGAGAAGCGCAUGACACCGCCAAACACUCUCGGCGGCGACAUGAUGGACGGCAUGCCACCGGGCAGUCAUAUGGGCCAUCAUGGCGGCUAUCACUCGCAUCACGAUCACAUGCACGGCAGUCCAAUGGGCACCCAUCACUCGCAUUCGCACUCACCGCCAAUGCUUAGCCCCCAGAACAUGCAAACAGCCACAACGGUGGGGGCGCAGCAUCAGUUAACGGCCCACUAGCAAUCAGAAAUCCAGGAGUCGAAUCCAGCUGCAGCCGGAUCAACUCCUGCAUCCAAUAAUAGUCUGAGUCAACAGCAACAGCAGCAGCAGCAGCAGCAACAACAGCAGCAACAGCAGCAGCAGCAGCAACAUCACGCCCAUACGCCUUCGUCGAGUGGCGGUAGUACCAAUACCAUGACCAGCCAGGUGAUGUCGCCUCAGUCUCCGGCUCAAACUAAUAAUAAUAAUAACAACAACAAUAGCACCAAUAAUAACAACAACAACAAUAAUAACAAUAACAACAACAACAGCAGCGAAGAGCAAGUGAAAUUGCACCAGCAGCAACAGCAACCACAACAACAACAGGCAUCCAGCAUAGCGGCCGCUGCAGCAGCCGCCAUGUACAUGGAUCCCAUGCGCUAUCAGCAUCCCCAUCAUCCACACAAUCCGCACCAGCAUCCCGCAGCUCAUCUAAAUCCCGCCCAUCAUCCGCAUCUGUUUCACACCAGCAGCGAGCAACUGCAGCAUUCCCAUUCCUCGUCCAUGGGCGGCGUUGUGGAAUCCCAGCUAUCGCCGGGCUCAUCGCUGCAGCCGCCGCCAAGUUCCGCCUCGCCGGGCUCCGCAUCGGCCGCCUCGAGCGGAGUCCUAGGUGGCCACUAUCAUCAUCCCUAUCAGCAUCAUCACCACCAGCAGCACCAUCAUCCGGCCCAUCACCACUCGGCGGCAGCGGCCCAUCAUCACGUUGCCGCCCAUCAGCAGCAGCAGCAGCAGUUGCAUGCCCGUCGCCUCUUCGAGCUCAGUUUGCAGUUCGGUGCGGCCGCCGCCGCCCCCGGAGCGGCUGCAGUGCGUCAUUUCAAUAGCUUUGGCGGCGCUGGGGGAGCGGGCGGCGAAUAGCAUACAUCGGCCGCCUGGUUUGGCUAUGAAUCCUCUUAAACAACUCAUACGUCAAAUUGGGUGGCCCAGGAACGCAAUCCGACAACCACUUUAGAUAAGAUUUUUUUCUGUGUUAGACCAUGGAGCGACGGCGGCCCAGGAGCUGGAGCCGGGAGCUGGUGACAGCGAGCUGCCAUCCACAAAAAUUUUUGUUUCUCCAGAGUAAAAAAAAAGGAAAACAAA